AUGUCUUUGCCAGCUACCUAUCUCGCCCUCGUCUGUCGCGAAUAUGGCCAACCCCUCGCGCUCGAAACGCGCCCAACCCCCGCCGCAGUGCCUGGAAGCGCAGUCAUCAAAGUCCUCUCAGCUCUCGUCGAUCCAUCAGAGAAGAGUCGGUUGCUCAUGAACAAACGCAACAUUCACUUCAGCCAACAACCCCCGUUCGUCCCAGGUAACUGUGCUGUUGGACGAGUCGCUGCCGUGGCAAACGAUGCUACAACCCUGAGGGUUGGCCAACUCGUUCUUUUGGAAUGCUUUGUGCGCGGACGCGACGAUCCCAACGCCCAAGCUCUCAGAGCCGUCUUCGAAGGACCUUCACCCUCUGCUAAACGACUCACCCACCAGGAAGACCUGUGGCGUGAUGGUCAUUGGGCAGAAUAUACUCGCGCCCCUCUUGAGACCUGCUGGCCCCUAGAUGAAAAGGCUUUGCUUGGACGCGUGGAGGAAGGAGGCCUUGGAUAUAAAAUGAGCGAUAUUCCAUACUUGGCUAAACAUGCGAUUGCCUAUGGGGCAUUCAGGACUAUCGACCUCAAGGCCGGUGAAACAAUCGUCAUUGGACCUGCUACUGGUAACCACGGUGGAGCCGCUGUCCAAGUUGCUUCGGCCAUGGGCGCUCGAACUAUUGCCGUCAGUCGUAAUGUCGAUGCCUUGCGCAAACUCCGAGAGAGUAUCCCUCGAGUUGAAACUGUCGCUUUAACCGGAAACCCAGGGGAGGAUGUCAAGCUGCUGUCUCAGUUUGGACCCAUUGAUGCCUUCCUGGACUUUACGCCUGCCGGCAUACAAACUCCACCAUACCUGAAGGCCUUUGCUUUAUCUCUGAAGCCCUAUGGCCGAGGAGUGCUUGCUGGAUUCCCACACGGCGAUGUGUCGCUGCCUUAUGGGCUUAUGGUUGGCAAAAACAUCACCAUUCGGGGGUCAUUAAUGUAUCAACCGGAAGAUGUGAGAGGGCUGAUCAAGCUUGCUGAGCGAGGACUACUGAAGCUCGGAAAGAGCAGUGGCUCAGAGGUUUUCGGUGGAUACACACUUGACCAGCAUGAUGAAGCAAUUACCAAAGCCCACGAGCAUCAAGUGUGGGGAACGCAGGUCAGUUUCGAGCUGGAAGAGUAA